CAAACUGCAGCCGCCGCCGCAUGCGCAUCCGGUGGCUCUUUCGUGCUCCCCCCUCCCUCCCUCGGAGUGAGGGUUUGCAUAGGAGCCGUUCCUUCCCCCCCACCCCACUUCCCCAUCUCUUCUGGGUGGCGCGUCGCCUCUCUCCUCCUCCUCCCUUUAAGCUGCGGUUUCCCCCCCCUCCCUGCUCCUCAUUUUUUGUCCUCCGUCACGUUGCUCCUUGCGGCGUGUGAAGGCCUGAGGGGGCGGCGGCCGAGGCCGAAUCGGCUGACUGACUUGGCUGGCUGGCUCUAGGCCCCGGAGACGUUCGCAGCGGCCUGUGAGGGACUCGGAAGGAUGUCUGGGGGCUGGGGCCGGGAUAUGAUGGACUACGGAGGCGGCGGGGCCGGCAUGUCCGGAGGGGGCGGCCGGGGAGGCGGGAGCGGCGGCGGCGGCGACGGCCGCAUCUACGUGGGCAACCUGCCGGCCGACGUGCGCGAGAAGGACCUGGAGGAGCUUUUCUACAAGUACGGCCGCAUCCGCGACAUCGAGCUGAAGAGCAAGCGCGGGCUCGCCCCCUUCGCCUUCGUCCGCUUCGAGGACCCCCGAGAUGCAGAAGAUGCAGUUUAUGGGAGGAAUGGCUAUGAUUAUGGUCACUGUCGCCUUCGUGUUGAGUUUCCCAAACCUUCCAGAGGACGGGGUGGAGGCUUUGGUGGGGGGCCUCGUGGGAGGAAUGGCCCUCCUUCACGGCGUUCUGAAUUCCGAGUCCUUGUUUCAGGGCUUCCUCCAUCAGGCAGCUGGCAGGACCUGAAGGAUCAUAUGCGUGAAGCUGGUGAUGUAUGUUAUGCAGAUGUACAGAAAGAUGGAAUGGGGGUGGUUGAGUUUCUCCGCAAGGAAGACAUGGAAUACGCACUGCGUAAACUGGAUGACACCAAAUUCCGAUCUCAUGAGGGUGAAACAUCCUAUAUCAGAGUUUGUCCUGAAAGAAGCAUCAGCUAUGGCUACUCGCGCUCCCGUUCUGGUUCAAGGAGUCGCGAUUCUCCAUACCAAAGCAGGGGAUCACCACGCUACUCUUCUCCCUUCAGGCCAUACUGAUUGCACCCAACAGGGACUUCUAAAAAUGUGAACUGAGCUCUUUAUUUCUGCUCAGAGUUUACAUUCCAAAAUGGAUGGAUAUAGUCUUUCGUAGGAAGCCUUGUUUCCCUCCCCCCCCCCUUUCUUAUUCAAUAAAAUCUUUUUUUAUGACUUACAGUUUUUACUAGGGAAGUGUUGGUAAUGAAAUACUAUAAAACAUUGCCACUUGAACUUCUUUUGUUUGGAAAAUGUACAUUGUUUUUGUUUCUCCUUCUGAACGAAGGGAUAUGAGCUUGAGAACUAGUUAAUGGUUGUCUGCAGGAAGGUGCUGUAAAGCAGUGGAGCAACCUGUAUGGCUCAGCCUGUUGUGUUGUUUUGAAAUAUACUUAAAUGUUUCUGUAACUCA